GCGCGGCUCCGGCGGCUCCUGCUCGUGCACGCGCGCCCCCAGCUGGCGGGUGCACGAGCGGCGCGGUCCCGCCGCUCGCGUCGCCAUCUUUUCCCCCCUCCGUCUGUCUGUCUGCCGCUGGCUUUGUCCGUCUGCAACGCCGCCCGUAGGAUCCCUGCGCACGGCCCGGCCAGAGCCCGCACGGCCCCGGCCCCGGCCCGGAGAGGCCCCGGCCCUGGCGUGGCCCGAGCCGCGAACCCGGGGUCCAUUGUCCGGCGGUCUGUCUGUCUGGCCGGCCGGAGGCGGGGCCCAGCGUGGGGGUCUGGAGCUCCCGGUACCGGGGGAACAGGUAUUUGCUGGGCUGGAGGAGCAAGCCCGACAGGCGAUGAUGAAAACUGAUUUUCCUGGAGAUCUUGGCAAUCAGCAUCCAGCUAUCCAACAACUGAGAGAUCAGGCCUCCAGUAGCAGCGACAGUGAGGGGGACGAAGAGGAGACCACACAAGACGAAGUCUCUUCCCACACAUCCGAGGAGGAUGGCGGGAUGGUGAAAGUGAAAAAGGAGUUAGAGAACGCAGAGCAGAGUGUUGGAGGGAAUGAGGUGAUAGGGGAGCAUGAGGUCACGGAACAUUUGAAUUCAGAUCCCAUGCUUGGUCUUUGUCAGUGUCCCCUUUGUCAGUUGGACUGUGGUAGCCGAGAACAACUCAUUGCUCAUGUCUACCAGCACACCGCAGCAGUGGUGAGUGCCAAGAGUUACGUGUGCCCGGUGUGUGGCCGAGCCCUCAGCUCCCCAGGAUCGCUGGGCCGCCAUCUCCUCAUCCACUCUGAGGACCAGCGGUCUAACUGUGCAGUGUGUGGAGCUCGUUUCACCAGCCACGCCACCUUCAACAGUGAAAAGCUUCCAGAAGUGCUGAAUAUGGAGUCUGUACCCCCCAACCACAGCGAAGGCCCCUCCAGUGCAGAGGGGAAGGACAUUGCUUUCAGUCCCCCCGUGUACCCUGCUGGCAUCCUGCUGGUGUGCAACAACUGUGCGGCCUACCGCAAGCUGCUAGAAGCCCAGGCGCCUGGGGUCCGCAAAUGGGCGCUGCGGCGGCAGAACGAGCCUCUGGAGGUUCGGCUGCAGAGGCUGGAACGGGAACGCACGGCCAAGAAGAGCCGGAGGGACAACGAGACCCCUGAAGAACGGGAAGUGAGGCGCAUGCGGGACCGGGAAGCCAAGCGCCUGCAGCGCCUGCAGGAAACUGACGAGCAGCGGGCACGCCGCCUGCAGCGGGACCGAGAGGCCAUGAGGCUUAAACGCGCCAACGAGACUCCGGAGAAGCGGCAGGCCCGGCUUAUCCGGGAGCGCGAAGCCAAGCGGCUAAAGCGGCGGCUGGAAAAAAUGGACAUGAUGUUGCGAGCUCAGUUUGGUCAGGACCCCUCUGCCGUGGCCGCCUUGGCAGCUGAAAUGAGCUUCUUUCAGCUGCCGGUGGGCAGCGUGGAGCUGGAGAGUCAGCUUCUGGGCAAGGUGGCCUUCGAGGAGCAGAACAGCAGCUCCCUCCACUGACCAGACCAGAUCCACCCUGGCCAACAUGGACCAGUCCUCUGCCUGCCCACAAGCCUCUGCCCCCACUGCUGGGGAGGCUCCUGGGUUUGGCCCCGGCUUAGCUCAUGCCGACACACACACACCGAAGCUUCCCUUGCAUGCUGGAGGAAAAUGGGGACAAAGAGGGCUGGCUCAGGUGGCCCCGGAGGGAGCAGGCACUCCAGACUAGAUUCCCAAGCCAUGGUUGCAGGACAUGAUUAGUGCUCUGCAAACUAGGUAAAGCCCCCACUUGAGGAGGGCAAAUAAAUUAAUUUUAUCUUUA